AGAAUCUGGAGCAUUUAGUAUGAUUUGAAGUGUUUUUAGAGUAGUAUUAAAACAGUGUCAAAUGGAAGUUUGUUUUGUAAGAAAUUUUUGGUGUAAAAUUUAAAAUUUCUUUCAAUUAAUAAACUUUUUAAUUUGUCACAGCAUACCUUAAGGCGCUAACAGUAAGGGUAUUGUUCUUACACCAGCUUCGUUUAGCAUUUGUGUAAAGCCAAGUGUGCGCAAAGUGAUCGUAAGUGUUGGAGACAAAGAGAGAGAUAGAGACAGACAGAGAAAAUGCCGGGUGUGGUGUUUUUAAUUGUGGUGCCAACAGCUAAUUUUGAACGUGAGCUCAUUUAUGGUAGUAAUCUCGAUCUAACCCCCACUUUACCGGUACAUAAAAUAGCCACUGCUAACCCACCAGCUGCAGGAGGUAUACCUGGUGUUCCAGGUGGUGGUGGUGGCGGUGCCGGUGUUAUUGGAAAUAAUAAUCUAAACAUUAAUCUUCCGGAAAAUAACAACGCCAUACUAAGACUUGAAGUUGAAUUACGUGACAAGAAUGCACCUAAAUAUCGACGUGCUGUUGGUGUUGGAGUGCCUGGCGGUGCAGCACGUGGCGGCCGGGGUGGUGGUGCAGCUUUAAGAGGAGCAGCUCAUAAUCGUCCAGCAGUACCAGCAGCAGGUGGUGCAGUUAAUGCAGGAAGUAAUGUUAACACUAUGAUGGACUUAAAGGGUAAUGCUAUAGUGCCCUUGGAAAAGGUUCUUGAAGAACUUUUGGUAAAACUUGAAAUUGAACAUGUGACCUGGACGACGAGUAAAAAAGGUUACUUUCAUCAUGUUGUCUUUCCACUGCAAUCUGGCGCUCCUUGUGAAACAACACUGCACUGUUUGACAGAAUUGGGCAUUGGCACUAAAUUGAAUUCGAGUGUCAGCGUAUUACCCUGCAGUGUAAGCUAUGAUGCCUUAACCAUUACAGAGGAUUACAGCGAUCCCAUGGAUGGUGAAGAGCUGUCGAAAUGGAAUAAUUUUGUUGAAUCCAUUAAGUCGAAACUCACUGUCAAACAAGUUGUUGAUGGUGUACGAUCUGGUGGUUCAUUAUCCUUCGAUUAUUUACUAUUAAUUGUAACAGCCGACUCUUUAGCCGCAUUGGGUUUAGUGGAAAAUAAUGCACCAAACAUUACCGCUGCCAUGUUGGUCUCCCCCCUAAUGGGUCCCGUAAUGUCGAUAACAUUUGGCACAAUUAUAUCCGACAGAGAGUUGGUGCGCGUGGGCUUCAUAACAUUGGCAGUGGGCAUGUUUAUCUCUUGUCUAUUUGGUUUCAUCUUUGGCUUGAUACUGGGUACAACGGAAAUGCCCUGGGGCAGUGGCGAUUGGCCGACAGAAGAAAUGCGAGGCAGAGGCAAUGCUCGUUCGUUGUGGAUGGGUGUUUUGUGGGCCUUGACUUCGGGCACUGGUGUGGCGGUGGCUUUGUUGCAGGGUUCAGUUGGUCCUUUAAUUGGUGUGGCCAUAUCGGCUUCACUUUUGCCACCCGUCGUUAAUUGUGGUCUAUUUUGGGCUUUAGCCUGUAUUUGGCUGAUUUAUCCUGGCAGCCGUAUACCGCACAUAAAGGGAGAAUUGCACAAUGAAACCUCGGCAUAUCCAUUCCUAUACACAGACUAUUUGCCAACAGAAUUUUUGAUCAAUGGCAUUGUGUCGUGUCUGUUGACGGUGGUGAAUGUGUUUUGCAUUUUUAUUACCGCCAUAAUAGUGUUGAAAAUUAAGGAAGUCUCGGCGCCAUACACAGCAAGUCCAGAUUUAAAACGUUUCUGGGAAACUGAUAUUCGUACUGUGCGUAAAACAAAUCGUUCUACCAUGAGACAUGCCAGAGGUGGUGCAGGAGCUGGCACCUUCAGGGACAAACUAUUAAGUGGCUACCAGGGUCUUGAUGAACAUCGCAGUCCUGAAAUGGACAGUGUUUUGGAGCAGGCUUUGAAGGAGGCUGAGGAAGAUGUCACCUUUAAGAAAGUGAAACGCAUGAGUUAUUCCAACAAUGCGGCGGGAGAGCUUACCCAACGUUUGGCCAAGCUGGCGGGUCUCAACCAAUCCCGCGAUUCUCCGGGAGCCUUUGGUUCUGGUGGCAGUCGUAGCGGCAGCCGCAUGAAUUCCAUGCGUGGCUCACGUAAAGUCGACCUGAAAGCUCUCGAUAAGCUGGUAAGCAAUUUGCUUGAACAACAAUCCACCGCUACCUCCCACGCCAACGCACAAGCCAACAAAGAUGGCUUCUCUGCCUCCACCAGACGCAAGUCAUCCAUGAAACUAAGCCGUUGGCGUCCGACCUCACGUUCGGCCCACAGUUUCAACAUCAACGAAGGAUCUACUAACUAUGCAGCCGAUUUAGGCGGCAGUGGCAACAAUAUGCCCACCAUUAUGGAAAGUACGGUUACGGUGAAUAAUCAACAUCUGGCAAAAAAUAACAAUGAAACCACAUCCUCUACAUUGCCGCGUUCACAACGUUCAUCAUGGUCUAGUUCAUUGGAGCGUACACCGGGUGCGGUGCGCAAUGUUUUGAGGAAUAUGAAUGCGGGCACGGGCAGUGAGGAGAAUGUUAAUUUGGCACAAAAUUAUGAGCCGUAACAGAGUGGCAAAGUUAAUAGAGUUAUAUGAAAACAUAAAAUAGAUUUAUUAUUUAAAACAGUUGUUUAGAGAGAUAGAAAACAGUUUUAGGGAAAUAAUUAUAGGUUUGUUUGGAAAUAAAUAAAAAAAUGUAUUCAAUAAAAUAUUUAAGUACUUAUUUUAUAAUACAAAAGUAAAUAGACUUAGAUUAAACAGAAUAAAAGGAAGAACGUAUUCCCCUUAAAAUCGCAGACCAAUCCAACAGUUAUGCCAGAGGUGAG